AUGAGGCCGGCCGUGCUCUUCCUCGUGGCGGUGCUGGUGGUCGGCAUCCUCGCCAGCGGGGCCGCGGGCGACUUCUCGGCUCUGGCGCCGUGCGACGUGAUGCAGCUGAGCCCGUGCGCGAGCGCGUUCGCGGGGAAGGCGUCGCCCACGUCCGCGUGCUGCGUCAGGCUCAAGUCCCACGGGCCCAACUGCCUGUGCCGGUACAAGGACGACGCCAACCUGAAGCGCCUCGUCGACACCAGGCACAAGCGCAGGGUGUUCACCGCCUGCAAGGUCCCCGUCCCGAGCUGCUAGCCGUGCUAGCCCCGGCCGUCGGGCACGCACGGACGCCCCCGCUGCUGCUAGGCACGAAUAAAUAAGAUGAACGGAGAGCAUGGAGUUGGAGGUCUGCUGUGGUUUGUGGUGUCCGGUCAAGGUCGUGUUGGGUAGUUAAAUUUGUUUGCUUGUUUACUGUCUCGUACAAACUCAACUCGUGGGAGGUGUCGCAUUGCAUUUGCCACCAUCGAACUGAUGUCACCAAUUUUCCAUGUGAAUCGAAAUAAAUCACCACCAUUGCUAAAGAAAA